AUGGCAGGAGGCAAAGGCAAGAGUAUCGGUGGAAAAGCCACUGGCGCGAAGGACUCCUCAACUAAGACUCAGAAGUCGCACAGUGCGAAGGCUGGUUUGCAGUUCCCCUGCGGUCGGGUCAAGCGAUUCCUCAAGAACAAUACUCAGAACAAGAUGCGUGUCGGUGCAAAGGCUGCCGUAUACGUCACCGCUGUCCUCGAAUAUCUGACAGCUGAAGUCCUGGAACUCGCUGGCAACGCCGCCAAGGAUCUCAAGGUCAAACGUAUUACUCCCCGACAUCUGCAGUUGGCCAUUCGCGGUGAUGAGGAACUGGACACCUUGAUCAGAGCCACCAUCGCAUUCGGAGGUGUCCUGCCCCACAUCAACAGAGCAUUGUUGUUGAAGGUCGAGCAGAAGAAGAAGAACAAGGUGGACGCGUGA